AUGGAUCCAUUGACAAAGCCGACGGAUGAAAUGAUCAAGGAGGUGAUGCUGAAUGCGUCAAGAGGAGACGAUGUCUACGAGGAAGACGAAGCAGUCCGAUCAUUAGAACACCAUGUCGCACAAUUGGCAGGACACGAGGCAGGACUCUUUUGCGCAUCAGGAACCAUGACCAACCAAUUGGCCUUCAAGGCCUCACUCUUGACCCCACCAGCGUCCAUCCUUUGUGAUCGCCGCUCACACGUCUAUCGGUACGAAGCCGGAGGACUCGCCUCUCACUCUCAGACAACCGUCUACCCUGUCCAGGCGAUAGCCAACAAGGGUCAUCAUAUCACUGUCCAAGAUCUGGAACGCGAGUUUGUAGUCGACGAUAGCGAUGUUCAUAUGGCGCCGACACGAUUGAUCUCGUUGGAGAACACAUUGGAUGGGACUGUGAUGCCGCUGCAGGAAGUCCGGGCGAUCCGUCGGUUUGCGAACGAGAACAAGGUCCGGUUGCAUCUGGAUGGAGCUCGGAUAUGGAAUGCGGCUAUUGCGGCUGGUUGUGACUUGAAGGAUUAUACUCAGGAGUUUGACAGUGCCUCGCUCUGUGUUUCCAAAGGAAUUGGUGCGCCUAUCGGGAGUGUCCUGGUCGGUGACAAGGGUUUGAUCAAGAAGGCACGACACUUCCGAAAGAUGUUUGGAGGAGGGUGGAGACAGGCUGGUGGAUUGGCAGCGGCAGCGCAUUGGUGUAUUGAUAAUGUCUGGCCGACGAUGAAGGAGACUCAUGGGUUGGCAAGGUAUCUUGCAGAAGGGAUUGAGAGAGUAGGAAUGGGGGCGUCGAUCUAUCAGCCGGUGGAGAGCAAUAUGGUGUUUUUGGAUUUGGCAAGGUCGGGGGUGUUGUUGAGAGAUUUGAGCAAGACAUUGUUGAGAGAGAAGGGGAUCCGGAUUGGAAAUGAGGAUGCGGCAGAGGGUCAGACGCAGGUGCGGCUUGUGCUGCAUUGGCAGAUCAGUCGGAAGGCAGUGGAUGAUUUUAUUGAAGUUGUGGGUGUUCUUGCCGAGGCGAGUACCAGAGAAGGUCGGGUGUCGUCAGGAAACGAUGUUGAGAACAACAACAAGAAGCAGCAGUCUGUCUAUGGCCGUCGGUGA